AUGAAAGAAGUGCGAGACUUCACCUUCCAGCUCAUCGGUGUGGUUGUAGCGGAAGUAGCUGAGAGGCCUUGCAGUUUGUCUUUGCUGUCACCUGCUCCGUUACAAACCGUCCUUCCAGCUGCAUUUGCCGGAGCUACUUCCAACAAAGCAGCCUGGAUGGCCUCACAGGGCUUAUCAGCCGGGCCCUUCGCUUAUCUCGCACUGCUAUUCUACGGGGUCACUAUUCUGAAUGUUCUGCUUCGACGUCUCGGCUUCGUCACUGGUCUUAUCGGGCCCUUCCGAAGCGUGAGCGGCGAAUUGGCAACUCAGUCUUCAACACCAUCCUCCAAGGUGUAG